GAAAAAGGGAGUCAAAUGGACAAGGGUUUGUGUCAAGCUGUUUUGGGCAAACCUGACAAUGGGCGGCCAAAAGAACAUCUUGUAAGGAAUAGGGCGAAAGCCAUUCUGAGCAAGCUGCUCUCGGGCGUUGGUGCCCACUGCGCCUCACGACUCUGCAGGGUUGCAAUGGCUCCCAGGCACCAGAGAGGCCCGCAGCUUCCUUUUCGACUUGAAAGAGAAAUCGAGGACAGGGCUGCCGCCAGUUCAGCACCCGAGAGGCUGGGAAGAACUCACGUCCAGCGCAGGAAGUUCGCGAGGAAGGCCGCCAGGAGGGACAAGAAGCGGAUCAGAGGGGGUUGGCUACCUCAGACUGUUCCGCCUGUUGAACAAAACUCCAAACGCGAGGCCUCCAAGAAGAGAAUAGGCACAACAGCCAAGCCCAAGGCUGCGCUGAAACAGUCCUCCAAGAAGAAUAAGGGCAGGGUUGCCAAGCUCAAUGCCACAGUGAAACAGAAGAGCAAAUUUCUUGAGCUAACCACCAGCACCAAGAAGAAGCUUCUGGAUGACAUUGAGGCAGAAAACCAAUACCAAAAGAAGCUUGCCAAGAGACUUGGCGCAGAUGCAAAAGAGAGGGUUGAUUCUCGUCUGUUAUCCAUGAUAACAGAACGAAGAUAA